AUGGAUAUUUCGUAUCACAUACAAGAGAAAAAUAGAAUGCAGGAAAAAGAAGAAAACAAUAAACAAAUUAAUAUUUAUAAAUCGGAACCAUGCACACGAUCAAUAAAGCGAAGUGACGUAUUUGAGGAGCUUGUUAAGAAAUCUCACAAAAGACAUUGCAAUUGGAUGAAAUCCUCUUCCGAUACUUUGUGUCCGAAUGCAAAGUUUCUAAAAAAUAAUCGCGUAUAUCAGAAAGCUCUGGAUCGUUUAAAAACUUACGCUACAGAUGAAGCAAAUAUUCUUGAUUCGUCAGAAAAAUGCGAAACUUUAUCGAGGAAAACUGCGUCGAAGAAAAAAGAUGAUAAAGAAAUCUCAUAUCAAAAGAACGAUUACUAUACAUCACUACGUCGGCAAAGAGCCGAAUUUCGGAUUCAUCUGAUCAGGAAGAUCAAAGGACGGGAAAAACGCGAUGAAAGCCAGCGUGAGGAAGCGAUGGAAAUAUGCCCAGACGAUGCAAAAGAGCCGACAGUUUUAGACGACGAUGUUUGCGGACAAACAACGACGGCUUCGAGCAGCGAUAUCGAUGACAGUUGGCUCACGGAGGAAGACAAGAAUCUCUUGAGGUAUUACUACUACAUUCUUCAUGAGGUCGAUGAUGCUUACGCAGGCACCUUAGAUUCUGACACGUUAAAGAAGAUAACGAGCAUGGUGCCCGCCGAAUGGCAGGAGAGACAAAACGAAUGUUUCGGCCGAUUAAUUAAGGAAUUAAGAAUCGACUUCGUUACAAGCAUGAAAAAGUCCAUCGUCGACUUCGCGCUGCAGGAACCUUUCGAGGAAGCGUACAGUAUCUGCGCUCCGCACAGCGUUAAAUACCAAAAAAUAAGAGCAAAGCUGGAAAGGAAAUCGAUUAUUCUGUACCAUCCAUGCAUACGCAAAACUUUGGAUUACUGGCAUCGUGAAUAUAGAGAGAUCAAACAAGUGGACGUACGAGAACUCACAUCGCACGCAAGAUCGUACGAUCUCCCGACUUUUGACCAUAAAUUUUCAAGAAUGCUCAAAAAUACGAGCGAUGAUCUUCUCAAACGGUGGCUGCCAAAAAUAUGCCAUAUUUUAGUAAUGGCGUCAAAGAAGGGAAAUUUGCCAUCAAUGAACGACCCACAAUAUAACAGAUUCUUUAAUUGCCUUGCCUAUGUUAUGGAAGAUCAAUUGAGAGAUUUAUGUUUGCGUUCAAUGAAGGAUUAUAUCGAUUAUCUUAUGGACGUAGGCUAUACAAAUUGUGGUUUUAACAUAAACAUCGUGGUAAGAAAUAUGGCCAUCAUUUUUGAACCUACAUUCAAAGCAUUUAUGGAUGGACUUUUAAUGCUGCUGAAUUCUCUUUAUGAUGCUGUAACAACAUUACCACGUGCAGAGGUAAAACUGAAGUGGAUUCAUGGUUCAUCCGAAUUGCUUAAACCAAUAAUUUCUGCAGACCUCCUUGAGCAGCACGGAAAUACAAUAUCAAAUUUAAUUGAACGAUACAAAACUGAUGCAGAAUUACAACUGCAGGAGUUUGAAAAAUAUGUGAAUUUAAUAAAUGACGAGGAUGUGAAUUACGUGCAAGAUUUUCUAAAAGCCCAACCACCUAAUCCAUACGAGAAAUAUUGCGAACUCAUCGAUUAUUAUGAUCGGAUGAGCAAGAAGAUUCCACUAGAAUUUUAUCGGACGUCUUUUACCGAACUCUUCGAAGUGCGCAGGCAUUAUAUUAUAGAACACAUCAUUUCUACGGCCACACAACUUAAAGGCGAACUGGUUUCAAAGAUGAUCGCUGAUUAUCAACAAAAAGCUCGAGCUAUAGGAGAUUUGUAUCAAAAUAUUGCGAAUCAGGCAUUAAGUACACCGCCCAAUACAUCAGAACUUAUGAAACUACAGGCUUUUAUACACACAUCCGAAACAGAAACUGUUUUCGAAUUAGAGAAUCGAUUGAGAGAAGUAAUGAAAUAUAUAACAUUUUUAUCAGAUUAUCAUCAUUUAACGCCCGUCGAGUUGAAAAGCAAUAAUUUUGCUUUCCACUGGUAUUAUAGAAUGGCUGAAAUUUUCGAAAAGCAUCGCGAGAUAGUUGCAAGUAAAACAGGCGAAUAUCAGGCGACACUCAAAGGCAGAAUCGAAAAGUUUGAACAGGAUCUUCAAACAUACGCAAAGUACUGCGACGAGUUGCAAUAUUGGGGCAAUAUCGAGGAGAUACAUCGAUACAAAAAAAAGGCUACGAGUCUCGAUAAUAAGUUGAUUGCCGCCAUGGAUACAAUCGUGGAAUUCAAUGAAGAGGAAAAAUUAUUCGGCUGGGAAAUGUCGCAGUAUCCUUUAAGAAAAAAGGUAGCUGAUAAAUUGACACCUUAUAAAAAAUUCUAUGACAUCGCCUGCGAGUUUUUAACUAACUAUGAUACUUGGACGGAAGCUAUGGUGGGCUCACACGAUCCUGAAACAAUCGAAUCCGAAACCAUGGUUGCAUUUCGCACAGUGUUCAAGCUGGAAAAGACUUUUCAAGAACCGGCGGUAAGAAAAUUGGCGGAGAUCGUGAGGACGAAAAUCGAAGAUUUCAAAGAGAACAUGCCGGUGAUACUGACUCUUGGAAAUCCUUGCAUGAAAAGUCGUCAUUGGGAGCAGGUCUCGGAGAUUGUUGGGUUUCCGAUAAAAGUCGAUCAAUACAUGACGCUAGCCAAGAUUCUCGACUACGGUCUAGGCGAUUACGUAGCGAAAUUCGAAGUGAUAUCCGAGGCGGCCACCAAAGAGGGCAACUUGGAGAAAGCCUUGUUCAGGAUGUACUCCGACUGGGCGGAUAUCGCAUUUACCGUGAAUCCUUAUCGCGACACCGGCACAUAUGUUAUUGCUAGCGUGGAUGAGAUACAACUGUUGCUCGACGAUCACCUAACAAAAACCCAGACUAUGAAAAAUUCUCUUUACAUAAAGCCGUUUGAAAAAGAAACUCUCGAAUGGGAACUUAAAUUGCUUUUGCUGCAAGAUAUUAUGGACUACUGGCUGAAAGUACAAGGGACAUGGAUGUAUCUCGAACCGAUUUUCUCGUCGCCCGAUAUACAGCAACAGAUGCCGGAGGAGAGUCGACGAUUUAGCGCCGUAGACAAAAUUUGGAAAGAACUGAUGACCAUAGUCUCGGCUGACCCGGGAGUUAUGAUCGUCGUUGUGAUCGAUAAGAUGUUGGAUCGUCUGAAAAAGUGCACCAACUUGCUCGACUUGGUGCAAAAAGGACUCGCCGCUUACCUGGAGAAGAAGAGGCUUUACUUUCCGCGAUUUUUCUUCCUCUCGAACGACGAGCUCUUGGAAAUAUUGUCUGAAACGAAGGAUCCCACGCGAGUGCAGCCGCAUUUGAAGAAGUGCUUCGAAGGCAUCGCAAGAUUGGAAUUUACCGAUAACAUGGAGGCCACAGCUAUGAUGUCGUCCGAAGGGGAGGUGAUUAUUCUUGAGGAUAUAAUCGAUACAGCUGCCGCACGAGGACAAGUGGAAAAGUGGCUUCGCGAGCUCGAGGCUGAUAUGAAGAAGAGCGUGAAGGAGCAGGUGAUAUGUGCCAAAGACGCCUUUCUCACUAAACCCAGGAGUCAAUGGGCUCUAGAGUGGCCAGGCCAGACCAUCCUUUGCGUCAGCAAACUGUACUGGACGGCGGAUAUUAACGACAGGCUGCCGAAGGAGCCUGAAAAUUUAACAGAUUAUAUAGAAACGUGCACGCACGAGCUUAACGAAAUUGUCAAGCUUGUUCGCGGCAAACUAUCAACGCAAAAUCGAACGACUUUAGAAGCUUUAGUAACAUUGGAUGUCCACAGUCGCGAUGUGUUGGUGCAGUUGUGCGAACAAGGCGUAAACCAGGUCACGGACUUCAAGUGGCUUUGCCAAUUAAGAUACUACUGGAUGGAUGAGAACUUGUAUACGAUGAUGAUAAACUCUACGCUGGGUUAUGCAUACGAGUACCUGGGCAAUACGUCGCGAUUAGUGAUAACGCCGCUCACCGAUCGAUGUUAUCGCACCUUGUUCGGCGCACUUAGCCUACAUCUCGGCGGUGCGCCGGAAGGACCUGCUGGAACAGGAAAAACGGAGACUACGAAAGAUCUAGCGAAGGCGGUUGCCAAGCAAUGCGUUGUGUUUAAUUGCUCGGAGGGGCUAGAUUAUAUCGCACUUGGCAAAUUUUUCAAAGGAUUAGCCAGCACAGGUGCAUGGUCUUGCUUCGACGAGUUCAAUCGUAUCGAUCUGGAAGUCUUAUCGGUCGUGGCGCAGCAAAUCUUGACCAUUCAACGAGCAAUACACGCGGAGAAGAAAACCCUGAUAUUCGAGGAUACGGAAUUGACGUUGGAUCGCACCUGCGCGGUAUUCAUCACAAUGAAUCCGGGAUACGCGGGGAGAACAGAAUUGCCGGACAAUCUGAAGGCUUUGUUUCGGCCGGUGGCUAUGAUGGUACCCGAUUACGCUUUAAUAGCGGAGAACACGUUGUACUCGUACGGAUUCUACAAUGCGAGACCUUUAUCUGUAAAGAUAGUCAUCGCGUAUAAAUUGUGCUCGGAGCAACUGUCCAGCCAGAAUCAUUACGACUACGGCAUGAGGGCGGUGAAGUCCGUUCUAAUAGCGGCGGGAAACUUGAAGUUGAAAUAUCCGGAAGAAAAUGAGGACAUUUUAAUCUUGCGCAGUAUCAAAGACGUGAAUUUACCCAAGUUUCUCAGCGAAGAUAUACCCCUGUUUCACGGUAUCACUUCGGAUCUUUUUCCAAACGUACAACUUCCGGAGCCGAAUUACGUGCACUUAAACGCCUCUACGCGUCAAGCGUGCGCCGCUGCGAACAUCCAAUGUGUCCCCGUAUUUCUGGAGAAAGUUCAACAGAUCUAUGAAAUGAUGUUAGUGAGGCAUGGAUUCAUGAUCGUCGGGUAUUCCUUUGCCGGCAAGACCACGGCCUACAAAAUGCUGGCCGACGCACUCGAGAUUUGCGAAGAAAACAAUCUGAUGAAUGAACACAAGGUGGAGAUGACGGUGAUCAAUCCGAAGUCGAUAACACUGGGACAGUUGUACGGACAGUUCGAUCCAGCGUCGCACGAAUGGAGCGACGGUAUUCUGGCCACCAGCUAUCGAGCUUUUGCCACUUCGACGAACGACAACAGGAAGUGGUUGGUCUUCGACGGCCCGAUAGACGCGAUAUGGAUCGAGAGUAUGAACACCGUUCUCGACGACAACAAGAAACUCUGUCUAAUGAGCGGAGAAAUCAUUCAGCUGGCACCGACGACCAGCUUGAUAUUCGAGCCGUUAGAUCUAGAAGCUGCUUCGCCGGCCACGGUGUCUCGCUGCGGAAUGAUUUAUAUGGAGCCUGGAGCGUUGGGAUGGGAGCCGAUAUUAAAUUCCUGGAUAGCGAAACUGCCGGAAGUAAUAGACGAAUGGCUACGAAGCUUCCUAUACGAGUCGCUGUUCCUCAGAUUCUGCAAACCCCUUUUUCACCUGUUACGUCGGUGCAACUUGAAGGAAAUAUGUCCGAUGCCCGAUUCGAAUCUUCUGCGAUCCAUCACUUAUCUCAUGGACUGUUUUAUAAGGGACUUUUAUAAUGAAGAAGUCGUGAAGAAUAUAAGCGAGCUUGAUCUCCGAGCGCAAAUAGAGGGUUCGUUCUUCUUUUCGUGUAUCUGGGCGAUGGGAGGCACUUUGCAAGCUCAACACAGAGUACGAUUUAGCAUUCUGUUUCGCGGGCUUCUGGAGAAAGAAUUCCCCGUUGUUCUGAUGAACGAGUUUCAGUUGAAAGAACCGAUUCCGCCGCCUUCGAAACCUUAUAUCUUUGUCAUGCCGAGAGAUCAUCUGGUGUUUGAUUACAGAUUUAUUAAGGAAGGCAAGGGAAAAUGGAAAUUAUGGUCGGACGAGCUGAUAUUCGCGCCACCGAUUCCCCGUGACAUCCCCGUCAAUCAAAUAAUCGUGCCAACCGUAGAAACGAUAAGAUAUACGGCGCUCUUUCAAAUGCUGGUGCAACACGAAAAGCCGGUGCUUUUCGUUGGCCCAACGGGGACCGGAAAGUCGGUGUACAUAAUCGACUUUCUACUGAAGAAGAACAACGCCGCGGUGAACAAGCCAUUGUUCAUCAAUUUCUCCGCGCAGACCACCGCUAAUCAAACUCAAGAUAUUAUUAUGAGCAAAUUAGAUCGCAGGCGUAAGGGGGUUUACGGCCCACCUAUUGGCAAGCGUUGGAUCGUCUUUGUCGAUGACGUCUCGAUGCCGAUGAAAGAAACGUUUGGGGCGCAACCGCCUAUAGAAUUAUUGCGGCAAUGGUUGGACCAUUGGCAAUGGUACGACAGAAGGGAAGGGACGCUCAUAAAAUUGAUUGAGAUUCAAUUAAUGUGUGCUAUGGCUCCGCCAAUCGCCGGUAAAGAUGUUACUCCGCGAUUCAAACGACACUUCUUCGUUCUGGCAAUAUCCGAAUUCGAGGACAACGUAAUGAUCACGAUAUUUAGCAGAAUCGUUCUGUGGCAUCUCGAUACGAGGGGCUUCAGCAAAGAGUUCGAUCCGUGCAUUGACCAAAUUGUCCUCGCAACGUUAGAUAUUUAUAAACAAAGCUUGCGCAAUCUGUUACCGACGCCUGCGAAAUGCCAUUACAUGUUUAACCUUCGAGAUUUCUCCAGAGUCAUCCAGGGAGUUCUGUUAUCGGUCCCGGAAACCAUGCCCGCGCUCUCAAAUAUGAAGCGAUUGUGGGUUCACGAGAUACUCCGUGUAUUCGGCGACCGUUUAGUCGACGAAGCCGACAUCAAAUGGCUAAUACGUCAGACAGGCGUGACGCUGAAGCAACGUAUGGAAGUCUCAAUGGAGGAACUCUUUGAAGACAUGCUAAUUACUACAAAGAAAGAGUUUGCUAAACAUAUCACCGUGGACAUGUUACGAAACUUGAUAUAUUGCGACUUCACCGAUGCCAAGGCGGACAUUCGCUUGUACCAAGAAGUUGUUGAUUUAGAACAAUUGCGAGAGAUCGUGGAGACGUAUCUUUCCGAAUACAAUUCGAUGACGAGAAAGCCUAUGAAUCUAGUGUUGUUCCGGUUCGCAAUCGAGCAUCUGUCGAAGAUAGCUCGCAUCAUCAAGCAACCGCGGAGCCACGCUCUCCUCGUCGGCGUUGGCGGAUCCGGAAGACAAUCUUUAACCAGACUGGCGUCGCACAUUUGCGACUACGACGUGCACCAAGUCGAAAUCACGCAACAAUACGGUAUCCACGAGUGGCACGAGGAUAUCAAAGCCAUCAUGAGAAAAGCCACCGCUACCGAAUUGCAUUCUACUUUUCUCUACAGCGACACGCAGAUUAAGGAGGAGAGCUUCUUGGAAGACGUCAGCAAUAUGCUCAACUCGGGAGAAGUGCCCAACAUAUUCACGGCGGAGGAGAAGGCGGAGAUAUGCGAGAAGAUGAGGCUGAUUGACCGACAACGAGAGCGAGCGAUGCAAACGGACGGCAGCCCCGCGGCGCUUUUCAACUUAUUCGUGCAGAUAACGCGCGAUCAGUUGCACAUUGUUGUCACUAUGUCGCCCAUCGGCGACGCGUUUAGAAAUCGGAUCAGGAAAUUCCCGGCUUUAGUUAAUUGUUGCACCAUUGAUUGGCUUCAGUCGUGGCCCAAAGACGCCCUGCUGGCUGUCGCGACAAAAUUCUUGUCCGCGAUCGAACUUACGGAUGACGAGAGGAAGGCCGGCAUCGACAUGUGCCAGUUCUUCCACAUGUCCACUCAAAGACUAAGCGACGAAUUCUUAGUUCGUUUAAACAGACGGAAUUACGUGACGCCCACUUCUUAUCUCGAAAUGAUCAACACAUUCCAGAGUUUGCUUAGCAAACAACGCGGAGAAGUGCAGCACACUAAAGCUCGGUACGAGGGUGGUUUAGGCCAACUGGACGGCACACAGCGUCAGGUUGAGGAAAUGCAGAAUAUGCUGAAACAGUUGCAACCGAAAUUAAUCGCGGCCACGCAGGACAUCCAGAGAAUGCUGGCCGAUGUUGAGAAAGAAAACCAGGAAGUGGCGGAAUUUGAGAAAGUGGUCAAGAUCGAUGAAAUCGCGGCGCAAGCAGCGGCGGACGAAGCGAAUGUGAUAAAAACUGAAUGCGAUGCUGAUUUGGCUGAAGCCAUGCCCAUCUUAAAGCGGGCUCAAGCAGCGUUGGACACAUUAACAUUGGCGGAUAUCGCAGUGGUGAAGGCAAUGAAGCAUCCGCCAUACGGCGUGAAGCUCAUCGUGGAGAGCGUUUGUGUCCUCAGGCAAAUAAAGCCGGAGAAGGUGCAGAAGGACGGUGGUGUGUACGUCGACGAUUAUUGGAGGGCUGCUCUGAGAAUGCUUAGCGAUGCCAAAUUCUUGGACUCAUUGCUACACUUCGACAAGGACAAUAUACCCGACAAGGUAAUAGAAACGAUACGGAAGGAGUACUUGACCAAUCCAGACUUCGACCCGGAGAAGAUCAAGAAAGUUUCAACGGCUUGCGAGGGAUUAUGCCGUUGGGUCAUCGCGAUGUCCGAGUACGAUAUAAUUGCCAAGAUCGUCGCUCCUAAAAAACGAGCCCUGGCGGAGGCCGAAGCCGUCUAUCACGGCGCUAUAGAAACCUUAAAUUUGAAGAAAGAACAAUUGCGUCAAGUGCAGAAAAAACUAUUGGAUCUUCAAGAGAUCCUAAAUAGAAGAAAAGCGGACUUCCAAGCGAUGUCGGAUCAAGUGACCGACUGCGAGACGAAACUGAAGCGGGCCGAGGAUCUUAUCGGAGGAUUAGGCGGAGAGUAUGCGCGCUGGUCGCAAACCGCCAAAGAAUUGGGCGACAAGUAUUAUCGUCUAACAGGCGAUGUGAUAAUUGCGUCCGGCGUGGUGGCUUACUUGGGUCCAUUCACUAUGCCGUUUCGCGUGCAGCAAAUACACGAAUGGGUGCAAUUGUGUACGAAGCUGCAAGUGAUUUGCAGCCAGGAUUUCCAACUGCGUGAAAUACUCGGCGAACCAGUCUUGAUUAGAUCGUGGAACAUCGCCGGGCUGCCCGCCGACGCGUUCUCCGUCGACAAUGGAAUUAUCGUUAUGAAUGCCAGGAGAUGGCCAUUGAUGAUAGAUCCACAGAGCCAAGCCAAUAAGUGGGUAAGGAAUAUGGAGAAGAGAAAUAAUAUUAGCAUUAUUCGGCUCAGCCAACACGAUUACGUGAGAAUCUUGGAAAACGCGAUACAACUUGGACAGCCGAUAUUGCUGGAAAACGUGGAGGAAAAAUUAGACGCCGUUCUUGAGCCGAUUCUUCUCAAACAAACGUUCAGGCAUGGCGGCGCAUUGUGCAUAAAAGUGGGCGACGCCGUAGUAGAAUAUAACGCCAAUUUUAGGCUUUAUAUCACGACAAAAUUAAGAAAUCCCCAUUAUUUACCGGAAAUAGCUGUAAAAGUAACUUUGCUGAAUUUUAUGAUAACGCCGAGCGGCUUGGAAGAUCAGUUGCUUGGCAUCGUAGUUGCGAGGGAAAGGCCAGACUUGGAAUCCGAAAAGAAUGUUUUGAUCGUGCAGGGUGCGGCAAAUAAGAAGAUGCUGAAAGAGACGGAAGAUAAAAUUUUGGAGGUGCUUUCCGUGGCGGAAGGCAAUAUCUUAGAAGACGAGGAAGCUAUCGACAUUUUAACGUCGUCGAAAAACUUGAGCGACGACAUUCACGCGAAGCAAGCGGCUAUGGAAGUUACGGAGAAGUCGAUCGACGUCGCGAGACUGCAGUAUAAACCUAUCGCAGCCUAUUCGACCAUACUCUUCUUCACGAUAGCAUCUCUGGCCAACAUAGAUCCAAUGUAUCAAUAUUCGCUGAUCUGGUUCGUGAAUCUUUUCAAUUUGGCCAUCACGAAUACGGAGCCGGCCGACAAUGUUCCACAACGUCUUAAGGAUCUGACCAAAUACUUCACGUAUUCUCUCUAUGUCAAUAUAUGCAGAUCACUGUUCGAGAAGGAUAAAUUGCUAUUUACAUUGCUUCUCGUUAUCAAUCUACGGAAAAUGAGCGAGGAGCCGGAAACCGCGGCGCAAUGGUUGUUUUUGCUAACUGGUGGAAUAGGUUUAGACAAUCCGUACGCCAAUCCUGCCGAGUGGCUGCUAGUCAAGCAAUGGGACGAGCUGUGCAGAUUGGAUAAUAUCAAAGGAUUUGAAGGCAUCAGAAAAUUCUUCUCCGAGUCUACCGGAGAAUGGAAGAAGAUAUUCGAUUCGAGGGAACCACAGAAGGAGCCCUUUCCGGCACCGUACGACGGUUUGAAUUUGUUCGAACGACUGUUGAUUCUGCGAUGUAUUCGGCCCGAUAAAAUGAUCUCCGCGGUGCAAAUAUUCGUGGAAGAACAAUUAGGCGCACAAUAUAUGGAAGCGCCUCCUUUCGACUUGGCAUCCUCCUAUGCGGAUUCUGACUGUUGCAUUCCGCUGAUAUUCGUCUUGACUCCCGGCGCCGAUCCGGCGCAAACUUUGUUGGCAUUCGCCGACGAGCAAGGAUACGGCGCCGAUCGCCUUUUCUACUUGUCUCUCGGCCAAGGUCAAGGACCAAUAGCGGAAGGAUUGAUAAGAGAGGGUGUGUUUCACGGCAAUUGGGUGGUGUUGCAAAAUUGUCAUCUGGCCAAGAGCUGGAUGCCGACUUUGGAGAAGAUCUGCGAGGGUCUGAUACCCGACACGAUUCAUCCCGACUUCCGACUAUGGCUAACCAGCUAUCCGGCGGAACACUUUCCCACGACGGUCCUUCAGAACGGCAUCAAGAUGACGAACGAGCCGCCGAAAGGGCUCAGAGCGAACAUCCUGAGAUCCUACGCGAGCGAUCCGAUUAGUAAUCCGGAGUUCUUUGAAGGCUGCGCUCAGAGCGAAUAUUUUAAGAAGCUUCUCUAUUCAUUGUGCUUCUUCCACGCGACCGUGCAAGAAAGGCGGAAGUUCGGCCCGAUCGGUUGGAAUAUUCCCUACGAAUAUAACGAGACUGAUUUGAGAAUCAGCAUUCUGCAAUUGAAAAUGUUCCUGGACGACUAUCAGGACGUGCAGUUUGCCGCACUGAAGUAUCUCACGGGCGAAUGCAAUUACGGAGGAAGAGUCACGGACGAAUGGGACCGUAGAACGUUGAAUACUAUCCUGGCGAAAUUCUAUUGUCUAGAACUGUUGACCGAAGAAAUAUACUACUUCGACCCAACGUCCACUAUUUAUUACUGUCCGACUGUCACAGAAUACGAAGCUUAUCUCGAAUACACAAGAAAACUUCCGAUAAUUACUGAAGCAAGUGUGUUUGGCAUGAAUGAGAAUGCUGACAUUCUUAAAGAUCAGCGAGAAACAAAUUUACUAUUCUCUUCACUGCUACUCACGCAGGAAGCAGUCAAAUCCGGAUUGAGACAAGCGUCUGAUGACGAAGUUGUUUACGGCAUCGCGACAGAAAUCUUGGACAAGCUACCGAACGAUUACGAUUUGGUUGCAGCACUCGCUAAAUAUCCCAUGUUAUACAGUCAAAGCAUGAAUACCGUACUGGUGCAAGAGAUGGAUAGGUUUAACAAAUUAUUACGCUGCAUAAGAAGCAGCCUUAUCAAUAUACGAAAAGCUAUCAAAGGUAUGAUCAUGAUGUCCUUUGAACUUGAAGAUAUUUACGAGGCAAUAUUGACAAGCAAAAUACCUCUCGUAUGGAAACAAAAUUCCUAUCCAUCUCUAAAGCCUUUGGGUGGUUAUAUCAACGACUUCCUACAACGUUUAACAUUUCUACAGAAAUGGUAUGACGAAGGGCCACCCGUUACAUUCUGGUUACCAGGAUUUUACUUUACGCAAGCAUUUUUAACUGGCAUACGGCAAAAUUAUGCGCGAAAAUAUAAGAUCCCUAUAGAUCUUCUUGCGUUUGAUUUCAUAAUCCUGACAGACACUGUUUUCGAUUCAGCACCAGAGGACGGUGUUUAUAUUUAUGGAUUAUUUUUAGACGGUGCAAGAUUUGAUAUGAAGAAAAUGUCUAUAGAAGAAAGCUUUCCUAAAGUGCUUUACGACAAUGUACCCUUUAUGUGGCUGAUACCGAUGAAGAAGCAGGAUAUCAAAGAAAGGCAAUCAUACGUCUGUCCACUUUAUAAAACCUCCGAUCGUCGCGGGAUAUUGUCCACUACAGGUCACUCCACAAACUUUGUCAUAGCCAUGUGGCUGCCCACGGUGAAGCCGCCGGAGCACUGGAUUAUAAGAGGAGUCGCUAUGCUUUGUCAACUCAGUGAAUAAAAAAUAUCAACGUAA